GUUCGAAUACCUGCACCACAUACUUGCCCUUCGCGUCCGCCUUUUUUUGUUUAAACAAUAGCUGUCUCCCCUUUCUUCUAUACUUCACAGAAAGUAACAAAAUUUCAGAAUUCUUUCCUCUCUUUUUUCCUCUUUUGUUUUUGGUUUUUGGUUUUUCAAAAAACAGCACCAAUACGUCACUACUUCUGAAAACAAACAGGAGGAGGAGGGAGAAGGGUAUAAAAGGCUACUUAGCCAGGAAUUUGAAAGAGUAAAAAAGAGUUUUUCGGAAUUUCUGCUCCUCUCACAGGGGACUUUCAGUGACAAGAGUUGAGCCGUAUAUUCUGUGGAGACAAGAAAGAGCCGUUAAUGAAUUUUGUGGUCUGAACUUUCAGACAAAUCUUUGCCUUCCACACAGGAGGCCCAGACAGACAGGCAGACGGCUCGUUUUGAACUCUUGCACGUUCGCAUUUUGAUACUUCGCUCAGUAUGAAAUCCUGCAUCCAGACGUGGGCUGUCUUAGCCCUGUGCUUCAGUGUGGCGCUGGCAGACAUGAUGUACCACCGGGGAGGGAGGGAGAGGGUUGGGAGGAGGGAGUGAUCAUGAAGUGUUGUAUGAAGUCUGUGACGUCAUGACCACCUGACAAACUCUCAACUCAAUUUUAGAACGAGUUCUCCGCUACUUCUAGCACUAACAUAUUACGAUAGAAGGUCCAACUUCUGUCAAAAACGUCUUCUUUUUAUACAGAUUUCGAAGAGAAAUAAAAAGAAGAUUCACCGUGCUGAUUAUCUAUGGCAAUGCUGAAGACUAUUUCACAUUUAUCGUACACAUCCAGUUUUGUCAUUCAGCUUUCCGGACACCGCAGACGUCUCUAAAACUCAUUCCGGUUCAAUCAAUUUGAAUAAAAUAGUAUCAAAGGAUGUGGAAAUAGAUGAUCCACGCAAUGAACAUCUGGAUUAUAGCUAAGAUGGAUUUCUUGGGGUUUUUAGAUGUUUGUUAUGAAUGAAACCACCUAAGCGAUGCCUUGAUGCCGUGUAGCAGCUGAACUGUCAUGCAGUAUACUAAGAGCAAAGCACCCAUAUCAUUCCCAACCCCCCCGCCCCACCCCACCCCCUUUUACUCCUUGACCUCGCACUCGCCCCUUGUGAGCUGAUCGCAUUGUGAACGAGACAUUCGAGCCAUCAAACAAGACCUUGUUGAUGGGAACCGGACAUAAUUGAAACCGUUCUGUUUUGAAUGUAGAUUUGCUUGUUCUGAACAGGACAUACAUAUACCACAAUCCUGCUUUGUUCAUUUGUACCUUAGUUACUGUACCUCUUUUGUUUUUGUUUAGGAUAAUAACGUUUUGAAACGUCUACAUAAUAUGAACAUUGAUAACAAAUUGAUGAAUAAAAUCAAAAAUAUAAAAAUAUGUA